AUGAACAAUGGUAGCUACAACAAUGAAAGCCUAGAUCAGCGAUUUGCUGGAAUGGGCCUCAACAACUCAUCUGCUCCUCAAGCAUCAAAGUAUGUUCCUCCUCACAUGAGAAAUCGCUCCUCUGGUCCUCGUCCUGAUGGUCCUCGUCCUGAUGGCAAUGCCAACUCUGGUUGGGCAGCCUGGAACAGUGGCGAUCGUGCUCCUCGCAACAGCGGCUGGAACUCUUCUCGUUCCGAUUAUGGUCGUGGUGGUUAUGGUCGUGGUGGCGGCUUUUAUGAACGUGGAUCUUAUGGUGCCGGCAACUAUCGUAAUCGCCGUGAAGAGGGAGGUUAUCAACGCCGUGAUGAAUCCCGUGGUUAUUGGAGAGAUGGUGUCCAUCAUGUCGGUGCCAGCAACCCUCGUGCUGAACGUGAGCUCUUUGGCACUGCCGAUGAUUCAGACCGCCAACAAACUGGUAUCAACUUUGAAAAGUACGAUGACAUUCCUGUUGAAGCAAGUGGUCAUGAUUGCCCUGAAGCAGUGACAGUGUUUGGUCCUCCUCUUGAUGAACAUCUUUUGAGCAACAUUCAGUUGGCCAGAUAUACUACUCCCACCCCUGUGCAAAAGUAUUCCAUCCCUAUCGUCGGUGCUGGUAGAGAUUUGAUGGCAUGUGCUCAAACUGGUUCCGGUAAAACUGGUGGUUUCUUGUUCCCUGUGCUUUCGGAAUUGUUCCUUAAGGGUCCUCUUGAAACACCUCCCGAAGAAGCUAGCCGUGGUUACCGCUCUCGCAAGGCUUAUCCUACUGUGUUGAUUCUUGCUCCUACUCGUGAAUUGGUGUCUCAGAUCUUUGAUGAAGCCAAAAAGUUUGCUUACCGUAGUUGGGUGCGCCCUGCUGUUGUCUAUGGUGGUGCCGACAUUGGUUCCCAAAUCCGUCAAAUCGAACGUGGUUGUGAUUUGCUCGUUGCUACUCCUGGUCGUCUUGUUGAUUUGAUUGAACGUGCCCGUAUCUCUCUUACCAACAUCCGCUACUUGGUCUUGGAUGAAGCUGAUCGCAUGUUGGAUAUGGGUUUCGAGCCCCAAAUCAGACGCAUUGUCGAGAAGGAAGAUAUGCCUGGUGUUCAAGAUCGUGUCACCCUCAUGUUUUCAGCCACUUUCCCUCGCGAUAUCCAGUACCUUGCACGUGAUUUCUUGAAGGAUUACAUCUUCUUGUCCGUUGGUCGUGUUGGUUCUACUUCUGAAAACAUUACCCAAAAGGUUGAAUACGUCGAAGAUGAAGAUAAGCGUUCAGUCUUGCUUGAUAUUUUGCAUUCCACUGAAGUCAACGGCCUUACUCUCAUUUUCGUUGAGACCAAGCGUAUGGCCGAUAUGCUUUCGGAUUACUUGAUUGGCCACAACUUCCCUGCUACUUCUAUUCAUGGUGAUCGCUCGCAACGUGAACGUGAACGUGCUCUUGAUUCAUUCCGUACUGGUCGUACUCCCAUCAUGGUGGCCACUGCUGUUGCUGCUCGUGGUUUGGAUAUCGCCAAUGUGGCUCAUGUUAUCUCAUACGACCUUCCUUCCGAUAUUGAUGAUUAUGUCCACCGUAUUGGUCGUACCGGUCGUGCCGGCAACACCGGUCUCGCUACUGCUUUCUUCAACCGUGGCAACAAGAAUAUCGUGAACGAUCUCAUUGACAUCCUCAAGGAAGCCAACCAAGAAGUCCCUCAAUUCUUGGAAUCCAUCUCACGUGAAACCAGAUCCUAUGGUGGCCGUGGUCGUGGUCGUGGCCGUGGCAACUUUGGUGGCCGUGAUUUCCGCAAGUAUGACAAUGGCGGUGGUUACUCCCGUGGCGGUGGCGGUGGCGGCUAUGGCGGCGAUAGCUUUGGUGGCUACGGUGGUGGCUAUGGCGGUUACAGAUCUGCUGGUGGUGCUUCGAGAGACGUGCCUCUUCAAUAUCAAACCAAGACCAGCUGGUUCUAA